CUUGAGGGGUUCUGUCGAAAACGCUCCACAGUAUUUGGGCUUUGGUGAAAUUUCCCUGUCAUUAUCCCUGGGGCGGGGAGACUCGGCGACUAUGCGCUGCUGCUUUCUGGGGGCUUAAAGCCUCUCUCUGGAUGCAUCUCUCUCCCCAUUCUAUUCGCUCGCCUGCGAGGAAUCACCGAAAGGGCUCAAAACACAAAGAAAACCCAGGACCCACUUCAGUUCCUGAUGUGAAAUUAUCUAUCCUGUCCCAAAAUCAACGGAGGUUUUGAGAACUGAUCGAGACUCACUUCUCUCUUAGCUGGAAUGGAGACCAACAACAAGAGGCGCAACAGCAGCGGCAAAGAGAAGAAGAUCAAAAGGAAGCAGGUAUUGGAGAAGAAAAAAGCAAUCAAUGAAAUAAUCAAAGCUGCAUGUGCCGUAAAGGACCAUCUAACUGCCUUUCCACCCUUUUGUCAGUAUGACAGAAAUGGUCUGUCUGUCUAUUUGGAGACUGGAUUUGGUGAACAUCUCUCCUCCCUUAUGAAGAAAUACAUACAAAACCUUCUUAAGGCCAAUAUGGAAGGGCCUUAUGGUUCAGAGUGGCUUACAGAGGAGAAGGUGAAGCGCAGAGAAAUGGUGGCCCCUGAAGCACGAUAUAUAUUUGUGCGUUUAUCUCCAAAUUCAUCGCUUGAUGAGAAUCCAGUGAACAAAAAUGAGAAAGGGCCUUGUACUCAAUGGAUGGGUGAUGGAGACCGUGUUGUUGGUUUUGUUCAUUAUCGUUUUAUAGUUGAAGAAGACAUACCAGUGAUUUAUGUGUAUGAGCUACAGUUAGAAACUUGUGCUCAAGGGAAAGGAUUGGGGAAGUUUCUGAUGCAACUAAUUGAACUCAUUGCUCGUAAGAAUCGUAUGGGAGCUGUGAUGCUAACAGUACAGAAAGCUAAUGUAUCAGCCAUGCAUUUCUACACAAAUAAACUGCGAUACGUAAUUUCCACCAUUUCACCGUCAAGAGUGGACCCAUUGAUUGGAGCUGAGAAAAGCUAUGAGAUUUUGUGCAAAACUUUUGAUGGUGAGGCUAAGGCUAAACUGGAGGAAAACAUCUAUAGGAGAGAUCAAUGAAGAGAACUUCUUCAUCCUAGAGGUGUUAUAAGAUUUAAUAACCCAAAAGAAGAGCUUAGGGGUCUAGAAAUGACAUUAGAUAUGCAUAUUAUUUAUUAAUUAUUCUUUAUUGCUGGGGCUAAAUUUUGUUUGUUAGUUUGUAUAGCCCUAUAUAUCCAUAGAAACUAAGAUGCUAUAACUAAUUAAUAUGUCUAUUAUAUAAGCCUAAUCGUGUAAAAUAAGCAUACUAUUGAUUUAGUUAUUCUCUUGUUGAUUGUUA